GUCAUAUACUCAUUCUCACCAUACACCUCACUUCCUGGGCAAUCGGGCAGGCUUUCUGAGUCAUGCUGCGUCUUCUGCGGCGCUCGUUAGCCGCACUCGCUCUGCCUCUGGCAUUCCUGGGGACUGCCGCCUUUGCAGCAUCUCCAGACUCCAGCUCCUCCUCUCCGCCUGUGAACAUUCGCCUCCGAGCACCAUGGCAGUCUCCGCCUCUGCUGCUCGAGAUCCUCGAGGCAGUCCAUACAGAAGACGCAGCUGCAUUUCACCCUUUCCUCGUCGAGCUCACGACGAAUGAAGCAUAUCAUGCUGCACUCGCUGGCGGCUCUGCCAAGGAUGUCUACGAGGCAGCACAGACCGCCCUUGACUCUCUAGGCCUCCUGAAGGAUGAGGGAGCUCGGCAGAACUGGAAGAUGAGCUUAGCACUCCACUCUGAGUCUGCAAAGGUCGCAGCCUUCUUUCAGCUAGCGGAGACGUCUGGCUCGGAAGACAGAUGGGCAAGCAGAGGGGGAGCAGAAGGGGACGAAAUUAGGAGCAAGUGCGACAGCUGGGUAGACUGGUAUGGCGAGGUCGUCUGCACAGCCGAAGAGCUGAAAGUGUCACUGAAGAGCUCUGCUGAUCGAAUUGAGAUUCAGAAGGUGGCGACCUACCCAUUCGAUCACGUGGUGCAGUCAAGGGAAGCUGCAGCGACUAUUCCCACCGCUGUGCUGUACGGCAAUCCCAUCAGCAGCAACUUCGAUCAGCUCCACCGGAUACUGCGCAACGCGGUGACUGAGCAAGCGCCCUUUAGAUACGUCAUUCGAUGGAAGCCGCCUCAUCCUGCUGAAAGAGCUGCAGCACCAGCGCUCACAAGUGGCUACCUAGCCGGCUACGGUGGGGCGCUCGAUCUUAAAAAGGUGGACUACUUAGUGAUCGAUGACAGGAAGCUCAAACAUGCCAGCGGCGCACCUUCGUUGGAAGGCUCCGCUCGGGAUGCGAGCAGCCAAAAGCAGCUGGAAGACCGCGAAUGGCUACAGAAGCAGCUGUUGGUCAAUAUCAGCAGAGUAGCGAACACGUCGUCAUUGUCUCCCGAGGAGAUCGACUAUCUAGGCCUGCAGGCGGCUCAAGUCGUCCUGGCCUCGUCGGACCCGCUCAGAGCUCUUGAGCAGCUCACUCACGACUUUCCUCUACAUGUGCAGGAUCUAGCCAGAGGAGGCGUUACGCUACCACAAGAUCUAGAUGCAGAGUUCAGUUACUUGACCUCUAGGGUCUUCCGUCCUGGUGCGAGCGACUUUUGGGUCAACGGCCGACCCAUCACCGAGAGCGAGGUACCUCCUCAGAGCCUCGUCAAGCUACUCCGUUCAGAGAGGGAGCUGGUGGAUUCACUGAUGUCUGGGCCCUUGCGCCUUACUCCGGAAGAGGCUGUGACGAUCCUGUCCAAUCAGACGACUGGCAAAGCCCAGGCACCCGGAGCCGAGCGCAAAAGCUUGUUCGACUCCAGUGAUCGCAUCGAGCGGCGUGAGCUACUGCAACAAGCCAAGGCUCGAGGCGACGCAGAUCUUCAGACGAUCGAUGACGUUCGCGAUGGUCCAAUCACCUGGUGGAACGACGUGGAAAAAGACAGCGAGUUUCGUCCCUACUCUCCUUCGUUGAGGACUCUGCUUAGGCAGGUCAUGCCGGGACAAUUUCCCCAGAUCCGGAGGAACGUCUUCAACAUCAUCUGGGUCUUCGACUUGAGAAGCAAGAGGGCCAAUCGCUUCUUGACGGAUCAUCUGUGCCCUCUGAUCGGAACGGCUCGUAUUCCACUACACUGGGGCUUCGUUCCUGGAGGACUGGAGGAGGGUCCUGAAAGUGAUGCGACGGGCAUCGCUCGACUGUAUUGGCAUCUCUUUGAGCGUUUCGGCAUCAAGGGAGGCUGUCGGUACUUCGAAGCACUCGCUGGGCCUCCAAAGCCGCCCAAGAAGCCACAGAAUCCGUACGAAGAUGAAGUCCUCGAAGAAGAGGAGCCAGAUGUUUUUGUGACUAUCACUCAGGCAAGGGCAGCAUUCACGGAAGUCAUCAACAAGAUCAACCCUGCAUCCCGCCUAGGCCCCACAGAGAUCAGCACCACGCCCGACGCUCGCGAACAGCCCGCUAGGGACUACAUUGAACGUCUUCGACUCACAAUGGCAGACGACCGCGAUGGCCACAUGUUCUUCAACGGCCAGUACUACCCCUUUAUCGGGCCGAACGUCUUCCAGCUCAUCAUGCAGCUGGUGUCCAUCACUACUCAAUCGCUGCAGCGUGCGAUCUACAUGGGCGAGAUGCCAGAGAGCGUGGACUUGGGCAAUCACUUCUACGAUCAGCCUGGGGUGUUCAGAGGGCGGAGCAAUCUCGUCUUUCCGCCUGUCGACGAGCAGGGUGAGAUAAUCGGUCCAAAAGCGAAGGCAGUCGAUUUGGGGAAGGUCAGGAGGUCACUUGAAGACUCCACUCGCUUGCCUCUACAGACCUUUCUGACUCCGCAGGGAGAUGCGAAGAUCAACGCAACUGUGUGGAUCGUAGCAGACCUUGACACUGCGCCUACUCAGCAAGUCCUGCAGGGCGCUCUUUCGAUGUUAAGGACCGACAAGUCCUUCAGGCUCGGCUUUGUCCACCUGCCUUCCAAUGAUGGACAGGAUGCCUCUGGACCCGGCCUUCGUCUUUCGUCCUUUAUCGGUCAGGCGAUCAAAGCGCAAGUGCUCGACAAGACUAGUGCUGACGAAUUUGCUGAGGUAGUCAAAGAGCUGGCAUCCACACACUCCAACCUCGAUCGGGCUGGUCGAGUCUACAACGACUUAGACGGUUCCGCUACUCCGCAGUCAGGGCAGCAACAAGAUGACAGAACUGGCGCGGCGUCUUCCUUCAAUGCCUUUAAAGCUCGUGCUUGGAAUCUAGAAGGCUCCAAGGAGGCUGACGACUUUUGGAAAGAGACAGGGCCCGCGAUAGCUCGCGCUUUCGGUGUCGCGCCCGGCGAAGCAGCUCUGGUCGUCAACGGUCGACUCCUCUCUGGUGUCGACUUGGGGACUAUCAAGAAGACGGACAUAGAGGCCUUGCUGCACAGCGAGAAGUUCAAGAGAAUCGAGCCAGUGCUCGAUAGUCUGCCGGCGAGCGCUGUCGAGAAAUUGAGCCUCCUGUCACGAGACGAAGCUGCCACUGCAAUCGCAGAUAUCGCAUCAGUGCUCGGCCUCUACUACUAUCUUGACGAGUCCAAGCGGAAUAUGUUCGUUCCACCCGUCAUCGUGAGAGUCAACAGCUUCGAGGGCAUUCCAGCGAAGCACUGCUUAUUCGAAGUCGGAAAUAGGUCUACUGCGCGCCUUCGCUUCCAGGCAAUCGUCAACCCUCUCGCUGAAAGAACGCAGAGGUGGGCAUCGAUCUUCCGUCUUCUGAGCAGCCUACCCGACGUUCACCUCGAAGUGAUCAUGAAUCCGCAGCACACCUCGAGCGAGAUGCCUCUGAAGAGAUUCUACCGCUUCAGCGCACCGAAGGCUCUCGCGUUUGACGACGCUGGUCAAGAAAUUGCUCCUACCCUCUCUUUCAAUGACUUGCCGCAAGAUGCAGUUCUGACUAUGGGACUCGAGGCUCCGCCAGCGUGGCUGACAAUGGCAUCAGAGGCAGUGUACGAUCUCGACAACAUACUGCUUCGAGAUGUACCCGAGGACGGUCGAGAAGCAGGAGUCUUGGCAGUGUACGACUUGAAGCAAAUCCUCAUCGAGGGGCACGCUCGUGAAGUGCUCACAAACAACAUUCCCGCCGGUCUCCAGCUUCUACUCCAAACUCCUGACGGAUCUCAAACGCUCGACACUAUCGUCACCGCGAACCUUGCCUACUUCCAAUUCCGAGCAAGACCCGGUCUAUACAGUCUGAGCAUCAGGCCGGGCAAGGGCGACGAGCUGUACGAGAUGAAGAGUGUGGGGAACUUGGGCUGGGAUAGUCCCGGGGUGGAAGUCACUGGCGACUCGAUCACACUAGAUACCCUACAAGGUCUGACAAUCUACCCUACUGUGAAGAAGCGGCCGGGAAAAGAGAAGGAGAACCUGAUCGAGCCAAUCGCCGGGGCUAAAGACCUCAAGAAGGGAGUCAAGCCCCUCACGGCAGCCAAGUCGUUUUUUGAUAAUCUGAAGAAGGCCGCCAGUACAGCUGCUACUCCCGAGCUCAAGAAGAGCAACCAAGCGGAGCUGAACAUUUUCACGGUCGCUUCUGGCCAUCUGUACGAGCGCAUGACGUACAUCAUGAUCCUGUCCGUGCUCCGGCAUACUAAUUCCACCACCAAGUUCUGGUUCAUCGAGAACUUCCUCUCGCCCUCAUUCAAGGAGUUCAUCCCUCACUUGGCGAAAGAGUACGGCUUUCAGUAUGAGAUGGUGACCUACGCUUGGCCUCAUUGGUUACGGGCCCAGCGGGAGAAGCAGCGCACGAUUUGGGGAUACAAGAUCCUCUUCCUCGACGUCCUCUUCCCUCUCGACCUGGACAAGGUCAUCUUCGUAGACUCGGACCAAGUCGUCCGCACUGAUCUCAAAGAGCUGACGGAGAUCGACCUGCAGGGCUCGCCGUACGGGUUCCCUCCCAUGGGGGAUGACUCGGACGACAUGGAGGGGUACCGCUUCUGGAAGACGGGCUACUGGAAAGAUUUCCUCCGUGGCAGGCCCUACCACAUCUCUGCUCUCUACGUUGUGGAUCUGAAGCGCUUCCGCUCCAUCACUGCUGGCGACGUGCUGCGAGAGCAGUACCACGCCCUCUCUGCCGACCCUCACUCGCUGAGCAACCUAGAUCAGGACCUACCCCAGGUGCUCAUGGAUCAUAUUCCCAUUCAUACUCUGGAUCAGGAAUGGCUUUGGUGCGAGACGUGGUGCUCAACAGAUUGGUUGCACAAGGCAAAGACGAUUGACCUCUGCUCCAACCCAAAGACGCACGAGGCAAAGCUGGAUCGUGCCAGGAGGCAAAUUCCAGAGUGGACAGAAUUGGAUGAAGAGGUGCAGAGAUUGGCCAGGAGGGUGGGGGGUGAAAAGGAAGGCGGGGGAGUAGUGGUCGUCGAGGAGAAGGACAAGGAGGAGAAGCCUGCCAGUGGCCACUCGCAUGACGAAUUGUAAUGUCUGCCUGCUUGCUUUUAUAAGACUCAUCGUCAUCUCACGUAUGCGCGAGCCUCAUUUGGCAUACGAUGUCAUGAAUGGCAUGUCUAUUUUCCCCCACCUGAGUAGCUACAGCUCAUCAUCAUCCUCGUCAUCCUGCUGCAUCAGACCUUGAUGCUCCGGUCCUCUCUUCUUCCCACCUCGUCCGGCCAUCCAAUCACCUCCAUCCCUCAUCCGACUUCGUGUAGCCUCUGCAUCAUCCUCU